AUGGCAGUCAUCCUGACUGCCCCAACACACAGGACCCCACAGCCCUCUCCCUGGGCCCCAGGAGGUCAAGUGACCACCAAGGCAGGGUUUACUAUGGUACCAAGAAAUGGUAUGGGCACUAGGAUGGGUCUGCUGCAACAGAUGUGCACUGGACACUUGCUCUGUGUGCUGAACCACCUCGAGGCUGCUGGAGCCUUGGCCUUGAUGUUGUAUUCACUGUUGUGGGAAGCUGGGAACCUAGUCAACCUCCCUGACAAGCGCAUUGGCUUUUACAACUUCUGCUUGUGGAAUGAGACAGCUGGGGAACUGCAGUGCCUGGACUACAAGCAUCUUCAGGUGAUUGGCAUCAGCCAAGGAACAAUGCAGCUGGCAACGGUUUGUGUGUACAGCUGCCCGGUCCUGAGUAUUUUCUACCCCCUCUUGGUAGCACAUGUGAAGUGCACAGAGAACAAAAAGGGCUGGAGAGGCAUCUGCAUAAUACUCAUCAUUGAGAUGAUUCUCCUAUUAGGAGGCCUAGGUAUAUUUCUUUCACAAACCUCACAGUGGAUUCACACCUCUGAUUUCACUGGGGGCUUCCUGGCAUUGCUUGGGACUCUAGCUCUGCUACUACUCCAGAUUCUCACUACCACUAUGUACCUCUGGUGGGCCAAGCUCAUAUCGGAGCCCUCUCACCAGGAAGUCCAAAUUGAGAUGUCACAGUGAAGAAGAUGCAAGAGUUACUGAUAACCUGAUUUAAAAUACUAAUUCCGCUAUAGCUUUAGUCACUAACAAGAAUUUGAUCCUUAUUCCAAGGGCCCGUAUCUAGCCAUGCUCUGGCACACAGCUGUCACUGCCACCACCAGGUGACAGCUCUCCAGCACUGCAUGGACAGCAGGCACCAGCAUCCACAGAGCAGUGUGGAAGCUUCUCAGGAACAGCAGCCCUCAGCCUGGGGCACAGCAUCAAAGUGACAUUGUUUCUGGCCCUUACCCAGAGGACAGUGAAGGAAACCAUCACCCAGAACCAUCACCCAGUGGACACAUCACUCUGAUCUUAGCAGAAGUACAGGCAUGCAGAGAAGCAAACAGGCUUUCCUUCUUGGAGUUGCUCCAAGAUUCUGCUUGUUGGAGGCAAUUGCAACUUGAGAAGCUGCAACUUCACACCGCCAUCACAGCAGUGG